CGGGGUCCCCCUCAGUUCCCCGCGUGUGCCGGGGUCCCUCUCAGCCCGCGUGUGCCGGGGUCCCCCUCAGUUCCCCGCGUGUGCCGGGGUCCCCCUCAGUUCCCCGCGUGUGCCGGGGUCCCUCUCAGCCCGCGUGUGCCGGGGUCCCCCUCAGCCCCGUGUGCCGGGGUCCCCCUGGGACCCCCGUGCGCCGGAGCCCCCCUCAGCCCCGUGUGCCGGAGCCCCCCUCAGCCCGCGUGUGCCGGGGUCCCCCUCGGACCCCCGUGUGCCGGAGACCCCUCCCGCCUCAGGGUCCACAGGGAGGGGAAGAGCUGGCGGCGGGAAGCUGAGGGGCCGCUGCCCGGUCCGCGCCCCCCGCCGCGGGGUCCCGGAGUCCCCUGGGCCGGGCCGCGCCCCGCCCCUUCGCUCCCGCGGGCCCCGCCGGGCCGCGUGUCUCCGCUCGGUGUCAGCUGGCACCGGCGCUGGAAUCUGACCCUGGCACCCGGCCGGUCUCCAUGGAGGCGGCGGGUUUAUUGCAGGGGUGGGGGGGGCGCGCCCCGCUGGACUCCGGACCCGCGCUGGGAGGGAGAGGGCCGCGCAGCGCGCGCCGCGGGAGCCGCGAUGGCCAACUUUCUCUCCCAGGACCAGAUCAAUGAGUACAAGGAGUGCUUCUCGCUGUACGACAAGCAGCAGCGCGGCAAGAUCCGCUCCAGCGACCUCCUGCUGGUGAUGAGGUGCCUGGGGGCCAGCCCCACGCCUGGAGAGGCACAGCGGCACCUGCAGACGCAUGGCAUCGACAGGCAGGGGGAGCUGGAUUUCUCCACAUUCCUGGCCAUCAUGCACGCACAGAUGAAACAGGAAGACCCCAAGAAGGAGAUUCUUCUGGCCCUGCUCAUGGCCGACAAGGAGAAGAAAGGGUACAUCAUGGCAUCCGAGCUCCGGGCCAAGCUCACGAAACUGGGGGAGAAGCUCAGCCACAGAGAAGUGGAUGAUCUUUUCCGGGAAGCAAAUAUCCAACCCAACGGCCGAGUGAACUAUGAUGAGUUUAUUCACAAGAUCACCAUCCCCGUGCGCGACUACUGAGCACGGCAGCCCCUGGGCUGGGGUGGGGGCUGGCCUGAAGGGGUGGGAGGGAAACUGGGGACAUUAGUGCUGGGAAAUGACACUGGUGGAGGGAUGGGUGUUGGAACGUUGGGUGACUGAAAUGGAAUCAUGAACAGCUUUAUAAUGCUCUAUCUCGUGGUGGUCCAAUAAAGUUCUUAAGGAAAGUGUCCUGGCAUCGGGGAGGCAGCAGGCCUGCAGCCAGCCGACAUUCCAGACUGGAGCAGGGGUGUCGGGUCAAUGAAAAUAAGGAUUCCAGCCUAAUCAAUAAAAUAAAGGAUUCCAGCCCUUCG